AUGUUGAUUAUAUUUAUUUCCAUUCAGUUCCUUAAUAAACAAAAAAUCAGAAUCAUCAUUGCGCUUAUUGAAAGCACUGCAGUUUGGCCCAAAGUGCUACAAAACCUUCUGUCUGACACUCAGACAAGUUCCUAUGAGGGGUGUUUGUGUCAGGUGUUUAUAGUUAGUGUUUAUGCUACUGGUACUUAUUCUAUUCUAACUGUGAUGGCCUAUGACCGUUAUGUCUCUAUAAUCAACCCUUUACGGUAUCAUACAAUAAUGACACCACAGAAAGUGAAACAGCUGUUGGCCGUGAGCAACCUUGUUCCCAUAUUCUCUGUGUCUGGUCAGCUAUGUCUGACAUCACGAGUGCCUUUAUGCAGUAACACUAUUCCUAGGUUUUACUGUGAAAAUAUUUCCGUUUCUAAACUGUCAUGUGUAUCAAGUCAAUGGCAUCGCAUGAGUACACUGUAUGGUGUUUCUGUGUUUGUAAUCUCAGCUGUUUUUAUUGUGUUUUUUGUGCUAUUUUCAUAUAUCAGAAUCAUUGCCGUAAGCAUAAAGGCCUCUAAAGAUUCACAACGUAAAGCCAUUUCCACUUGUGCUCCUCACCUUAUCAUUUUUAUGAAUUUUUCUUUGGUUGCUCUUUUUACAAUUAUUUAUAACCAUUUCACACGCAAUGUAUCAACAAAUGUUCAGAUCUUUUUCGGCUUUCAGUUUAGUCUAAUUUCAGCUCUUCUACAUCCCGUUAUUUAUGGGAUCAAAACCAAGGAUAUUCGGGAAUGCAGCCUAUACAUCCAUGUCAGUGAAAUAGCCUGUACCUACAUUCAGAUGUUGGAAGAGCUGACAGAUGACCACCUGCUGCGUUACACCGACCACCUGAAUGCAGUCAAGACGGACAUGGAGAUCUUCUUCUCCUUAGAUGUCCCUGACUGGGUGGUUCCAAAUGGAUGUGUCCAGAAGCGAGUCCACAAUCCAGGAGAGACUCGUUUCUGGUCAAAAUGA